AUGGCAGAUAACGAAGAAUUACCAGAAGGGACAGUGCGGAACAUACUGGAUCAAGAAACUCUCAAGUGGGUUUUCGUCGGAGGGAAAGGCGGAGUCGGGAAGACCACUUGCAGCUCCAUCAUCUCCAUUCUUCUGGCCAGCGUCAGAUCGUCGGUUUUGAUCAUAUCCACUGAUCCGGCCCACAAUCUCAGCGAUGCUUUCCAACAGCGCUUCACCAAGUCACCGUCGUUGGUCAAUGGCUUCACCAAUCUCUACGCUAUGGAGGUGGAUCCCAGUGUUGAGAAUGAAGAUGUGGGUGGCAACGAGGAGAUGGAUAGCUUGUUCUCUGAACUAGCCAACGCAAUCCCUGGUAUUGAUGAAGCCAUGAGCUUUGCAGAAAUGUUGAAGUUGGUUCAAACAAUGGAUUACAGUGUUAUUGUGUUUGAUACAGCCCCAACUGGUCAUACUCUCAGGCUACUACAAUUUCCCUCGACAUUGGAGAAAGGUCUUCAGAAAAUGAUGUCCUUAAAACAUCGAUUUGGUGGAUUGUUGACCCAGGUGACUCGUAUGUUUGGUAUUGAUGGUGACUUCGGGGAAGACGCAAUUUUGGGGAGACUCGAGGGCAUGAAAGAUGUAAUUGAACAAGUGAACAGGCAGUUCAAAGACCCAGACAUGACCACAUUUGUGUGUGUCUGCAUUCCGGAGUUCCUCUCUCUCUAUGAAACAGAGAGAUUGGUCCAGGAACUUACCAAGUUUGAAAUCGACACGCAUAACAUUAUCAUCAACCAAGUGCUUUACAAUGAAGAUGACGUUGAGUCCAAAUUGCUAAAAGCAAGAAUGCGGAUGCAGCAGAAGUACCUCGAUCAGUUUUACAUGCUAUAUGAUGACUUCCACAUCACAAAGCUUCCAUUGUUGCCAGAGGAGGUCACUGGAGUCGAAGCUCUGAAGAACUUUUCACACCGAUUUCUGACACCGCAUCAACCUUCAGCUGGAAAUUUAACAGUGGAAGAGAUGGAAGAAAGGGUAUCCACUCUAAGGAAGAAAUUGGAAGACGCAGAGGCAGAUCUAGAGAAACUUAGGAAAGGUAAGCAAAAGGCCUAG